CGUGUCAAGUUUCAAUACUAUUGGACCGCAAAAAUCUCCGCCUCUUCACUUCACCUCCUCCACCUCUCUCUCGAAUGGCUCCAAGCCACUGAAAAAUGAGAAAUCAUCGGCGGAUGGAAUUCCCUAUAUCGCCCUCACACACCCGGGUCAAUCCAGCCCCACCUCCGUGCCCAUUAUCGUAAUUUUACCUGCUCAAUUUUCCUCCAUGAGAAUGCAUUGCUUGAAUCUGAAGGCUGUUGCGAAUCUCCACUCUCUGUCGUUGCCGGGUCGGGCCAGUAGCGGCGUCAAAGACUGCAGUUUUCGGGUUAAUCGAAUCGUUGCUUGCAGCGUGCCGGGUUCGGGUUCGGGUACUGGUCCGGUUCAAGGGUCGAGUCAGAGCCCGUUUUUCUCCCGGACUGAGACGUAUGCCUUGCUGAAGCAGCAGCUGGAAGUUGCUGCAAAAGCUGAGGAUUACAAGGAAGCUGCAAGACUUCGUGAUUCAUUGAGAGUCUUUGAGGAGGAGGAGCCAGUUUUGCGCCUUCAGAGAUUGUUGAAAGAGGCUAUUGCACAGGAAAGAUUUGAGGAUGCAGCUAGGUACCGUGAUGAGUUAAAGGAAAUUGCUCCUCAUUGUCUUUUGAAGUGCUCAAGUGAUGCUACAACCCUGGGUAUUAGAGUUCAAGUUAGGAGUGUGUACAUUGAAGGUAGAAGCCAGCCUUCGAAAGGCCUUUAUUUUUUUGCAUAUAGAAUCAGAAUCACCAACAACUCAGAUCGUCCUGUACAACUUCUUAGAAGGCACUGGAUCAUAACUGAUGCCAAUGGGAAAACAGAGAGUGUCCAGGGUGUCGGAGUUAUAGGUGAACAACCAGUGAUACUUCCCAAAACCGGUUUUGAGUAUUCAUCUGCCUGUCCAUUGAGCACAUCUAGUGGCAGAAUGGAGGGUGACUUUGAGAUGAAGCAUAUCGACAAAGUAGGAACUCGAACAUUCAACGUGGCUAUUGCCCCCUUUGCUUUGUCCACGUUUGGAGAUGGCGCUGAUACCACUUGAUAGACUAACCUAGAUAUACAAGGAAGAUGUGUCAAUUCGAUUAUAUUGUAUGCUACUGAAAUUGUUUUCCUGAUGACCAAUUGCACAGUUCUGAAGACGUUGUAAGCCCAUGUAUCUUGCCAUCGUAGUGUAAGAAAUUCUUCACCACUAUCAGGAAUGCAGUUAGUAAGCAUGCCUAAUCAGACUUUUUAAAUGAGUUGAUAUAGUCAAUGUAUAAAUGGAGUGAACUGUAAAAUAUAAAUGUAUAGAUAGUGUGACUAUUUAGAGUAUGUACUAUAUAAUUCCCACCUUGUGCAAUUUCUUUUUCAAUACAUUGCCAUGACUUAGCCUGUAA